GUCACGUGACGCGGCCCCCUCCCAGCUCGCAGCAAAAUGGCGUCCCCCCCGGCCGGAGUGAUGACGUUGCUAUGCUAGGCCUGGGCGGAGCCGGGACGCCGCUUAGUGGUGCUUUCCCCUAGCCGUCCCUCCUGUCUCACUCUCCGUUGCUGCUGACUCGCACUGCGGCCGGCGCUCCCGGCAGGGGAAGGAGGCCUGCUCACAGACACCAUGGGCUCCAGCUGGCAGGAGGCGGCGGCCCAGCAGGCCGAGGAGGUGUCUGCCCGGCUGAGGCAGCUGCUGACCACGGGGCUGGGCCUCCUCCGUACGGAGCUGGGCCUAGAGUUGGGCCUGCAGCCCCAGAAGUAUCCGUCCUGGGUGUUCCUCGCAGUGCCGGCCUCCCUGGCUGUCCUCCUGCUGCUGCUGCUCUGCGCCGCGGGCCGGGGUUCCCCCAGCAAGAAGCGGGUGGCGCAGCCGGAGAGGGAGCCGGCCGACGCCCACACCAAGGCCCCUGUGCCCGUCAAGGCGCCUGCUAAGGUGGAAGAGGCCAAGAAGAAAAGCAAGAAGAAGCCCCCUGAGAAGGCCAAGCUUAAUGGUCGCCCUGUAAAGGUGUCUGAGGAAGAGUCGCCGACUACGGUUAAGAAGGACAGUCCAAAGCCGCUGCUGCUUGAUGCUGAGAAGAAGAAUGAGAAGAUCAAGAAGACUAAAAAGAAACCAAAGUCUGAUGCAAAACAAACACAGUCACCCAACCAAGAUAAGAAGGAAGCAGAAGAAGGAAACUGGGAAACUAAAAUCAGCAACAAAGAAAAAAGACAACAGCGCAGACGUGACAAAGGAGCGGACUCUGACGUAAUCCUCUCCGAGUCUACCAUGUCGCUGGGUGACGCAUUCACUCUGGCAUCAUCCCAUUCUGCAAACGUCCGAAAAUCUAAAGGUCCCAGUGAAGUUUCCGCUGUGAAUGGAAGCGGUUGGAAUGAGAAGCCUGCAAAAGCCGUUUCCCCCCAGCUGGUAGAAGAAAAGUGGGUGCUCGCUACCACGUCAGCUGGAAAGAAGAAAGCAGAGCCUCCGUGCACUUGGAAUCAGGGUUCUGCGGACACCAAUGGAAAGGUCUGGAGCGCACCAUGGAGUGAGCGCUCAAUCUUCCCAGGAAUAGCUCCAUGGUCAACCGUCGAAGCCAGGAUAAACUCAUCAGAACAGAGGCCACCACCAUUUUCCAGCAUUGGAUUGAACAGUGCUGUGUCUGCUGCCACCAGUGAGCCCGUUCCUCAGCCAAGUGCGUCAGAUAGCCAGUGGGAAGCAGCGCCUACCGAGCCCAGCGUUGAUGAUGAGUGGUCUGGUCUAAUAUAUGUAGAAACUCCAGGCUCCAACCAGGACAAAUAUAUGCAUAAAUCUAACAGAAAUGGCCUCAAUUCAGGUGACCUCAGUUCUGACUGGAAUGCACCGGCAGAGGAGUGGGGAAACUAUGGGGAAGAGGAACCAGAGUCUGCUCCACAGAUUGAGGAACUUGAACAAGAAGUCCCAAAGGUUUCUGACGAUGAGAAAGAGAGAGAAGAAGGUGCUGGCCAAGGUUCAGUCGGCAGCAAAACCAAGAAGAAGAAGAAAAAGAAGAAGAAGCAGGGAGAAGAGUCUGGCUCUCCCACACAGGAAGCAGAAGGCACUAGGAACGCUGUGGAUAAUUAUAGAGAGGACUUUGCCACAGCUCCUCCACCUCCAGUAAAUAACACAGUAUUUGGAAAAAGUAAUGAAUUGAAAGAGGCUGUGCAGGAAACACCUCAUCAUACUGUAUUUAUCGAGUCCCCUGUAUCUGUGAUGCAAAACAUCUCUGAGAAGAGUCCUUCCCAAGUGCAGCAGCCAAAAGAGGCCAGUACUUCUGUCCCUAAGCAGAACAGCGUGCCAUCGCAAGCUAAGUCCGAAGAAAGCUGGGAAUCCCCAAAACAAGUGAAAAAGAAGAAAAAGGCCAGGCGGGAAACGUGAUUUACUUUCGUCACUGGAACACAUGUUCAGGCACUCUUUAAGAUUAUGCUGUUUAUGCAAUAAUUUGUGAACAUGUACAGAAUUUUAUAAAGAGAAGUCUGCGUUUUUAAUAAAACUGCUGCCAACAUGACCUCCCUGAAACCGGAGGGAAAAACAAAUAGGAACUCGGGAUUCAUAGAGUAGAAGAUGCAGCGGUGGAGAAGCUGAAGAUCAUGUAUUUGCCAACUGAGAACUGUAAUUUGCUAUAGAAAAGACUAAUUCCUGAUUUUACAAAAUGGUAACCUGUUUACAUUCAUAUUGUGCCCUACCUGAGCGAUGCGAGAAUGGAACAUGCAAGGGUGAUUCUGUGAAAUAAUAGUUCUGCCAUCUCAUUGACGCCUCCUAUCUUACUGUCAUUUUAGAAUCAAUGGCUAUUGUUAUACGGUAAAAUCGUCCUAUCCCCAGUGUCAUGAACAGUGCAAAAAGUAUCAUCGGAUGCGCAUGAGCCUUUAAGCACGGACGGGGAGACUGAAUUGUGAUCUGAUGAAUGUAUGAACCAUUGUUAUGUACUCUAUAUUUUAUUUUGCUUAACUAGCCUUGUCAUCUUCGUUUUUCUGUUAGCUUUAGCAUUUUAAUGUGUGAAUUUGUGUUCACUUUCUCCCUAUCCGAUCAUGUCCCAAAAAACCAUAAUUCUUGCACUCUAAUAACCAUAGUUUGGUUAACAAUCAUGAUUCGGGAUGUGGCUGUAGAAACAAAGCAGUCUCCGUUCAGAUCGACCAUUAAUAAGCAAGGCAGACCUUUUUUUUUUUUUUUUGUUUCAUCUGCCGGCGUGAACGCUACUGGAUUAUUUGGGUGGGCAUGGCGGCUCCAGACAGCUUUAAUUGACGUUGUCAAGACCUCCAGUAAUCAGGAAUGUUUUUUUACUGCCUUAACCUGUAGUAUUUAGAUUUCAUGAGCGGAAUUAGUGUUUUUAUAAUAAAAAUAAAUAAAUAAAUAAACACAAAAUACAUCUGUAGUUCUAAAAACAAAAUCCAAAUUUUUUUCCGCCAGCUUUAGACUAUUAAUUUUGGAAGAUGUGUGGGUUUUAUCAGCAUUUUACAGGCAAUGUAAUGACAUUUUAUUAAACUUACAGCUAACUUUGUAUCUAUACAUUGUGCAUGGUAAGUUGGACUUUGUAAAUAGCCUUACCAAAUGAUCUCACUAGAGAACCAUAGACAAAAAAAGGUAAUAGAACGUUCCUUUUGAUUCUUGAAAAUACAAUGUAGAAAUAAACUUUAGAACAGUUGUAGCCAAUGGUACCGAUCCAACAGCUUGGUAGAAACCUAAUUUAUAAGACUCUAGCAUAGUAAGCCUCCAUCACUUCUGAAAGAGUCUGUUAAUAUGAUUUGUUUUCUGAAUGGUUGACGCAUUCAAAUAUGGAGUGUAGAAUAAAAGGAGCCUUCUCUAAGGUGGACCUAUUACUGACACACACAGCUGGACACUUUGACUUCUGACCCAACAUUCAUCAGAAUGCUCCUUUAUGAACUCAGUGGCGUAAGAUGAGAAAUGUCUCGUACCUGGUGGUGAUAAUAGCCAGUCCACAUUGUGUGUUGGCAAUGUACAAUUUUUGUUGUUGUUGUGGGAUGGGGGCGAUUAUGAUAAACUAUUAAGCAAUUUUUUACACAGAUGUAUUAAGAAAAAAAAAUGCAAUUGAGAAAAUCCCAGUUUCAGAAACAUGUCAUAAGUUUACAUGUUGAUAACAUUUUGUUUAAUUCAGUGAUAUUUCUAAGUUGAUUUUGUUUAAAUAAAUCUUGCAAAUUCA